GCGCUUCCCACAGUGCCCCGGGGCGCGCGCGUGCUCCUGGGAUCUGUAGUCCAACCACCACGUCGGCGCUGCUGCGGCUGCUGCGGGCUCGGCGCCGGCUUUGUCUGUCUGCGGGCAGGCGCGCGCCGCUGCGGUGUUCACAAGCAGCCCAUGGAAAAAUCAUAUGAAGAGGUGGAAAUUGAGGUCACAGAGCAGGAGUGGCCAUGUUUGGAUUUCCAACCGCUACCCUGCUGGACUGUCAUGGAAGAUAUGCCCAGAAUGUAGCCUUUUUCACACAUUGCUGCAUCUUACAUGACUUCCCUCUCCUUUUGCCAGAUGUGAUGACAGAAGCCCACAAAUAUGAGCACUCUGAGGCCACAGGAUCCUCAAGCUGGGACUUCCCGACUUCCUUCCGAAGGGAGAAGCUGGAACCCAAGUCCCAGGAUUCUAAGUCACUACAGGAAGACUCCCCCGGAGGGAGACAGAAGGUCUAUGAGUGCCAGGAAUGUGGGAAGUCCUUCCGGCAGAAAGGCAGUCUAACCUUACAUGAGAGAAUCCACACAGGUCAGAAGCCCUUUGAGUGCGCCCACUGCGGGAAGAGCUUCAGGGCCAAAGGCAACCUUGUCACCCACCAGCGAAUCCACACGGGAGAGAAGCCCUAUCAGUGCCAGGAGUGUGGGAAAAGCUUCAGCCAGCGAGGCAGCCUGGCCGUGCACGAGAGGCUCCACACAGGACAGAAACCCUACGAGUGCGCCAUCUGCCAGAGGAGCUUCAGGAAUCAGAGCAACCUGGCUGUUCACCGCAGAGUUCACAGCGGGGAGAAGCCCUACAGGUGUGAGCAAUGUGGGAAAGCCUUCAGUCAGAAGGGAAGCUUAAUCGUCCACAUAAGAGUCCACACCGGCCUUAAGCCCUAUGCCUGUCCCCAGUGCAGGAAGAGCUUUCACACCAGGGGAAACUGCGUGCUGCAUGGCAAGGUCCACACAGGAGAAACGCCCUAUCUGUGUGGCCAGUGCGGAAAGAGCUUCACGCAGAGGGGGAGUCUGGCUGUGCACCAGAGAAGCUGCUCACAGAGGCUCACCCUAUGAGCACCCUUUUCAGCUUUUCCUUUUGUUCUAUUACUGAAGCUUGAACUCGAGCCUGCACACUACCCCUUAGCUUGUUCACCAAGGCUAGCACUCUACCACUUGAGCCACAGCUCCACUUCUGGCUUUUUUUGGGAGUUUAUUAAAUAGAGAUAAGAGUCUCACAGAUUUUCCUGCCAGGCUGGCAUUGAACCUUGACCCUCAGAUCUCAGCCUCUUGAGUAGCUCAAAUUACAGGUGUGAGCCAACAACAGCCAAGCUUGGUCACGCCCUACAAAGGAAGUCUUCUUUAUGAAUGAAGGGUUCAGAACCCUCUCUUGAGAUCAAGAGGCUUACUGAAUUCUGUGGAAUGAAUGGGGAAUCUUCCAGGAAGACCUGCAUUGGGUAGACCACUCUGACUUUCCCUUUCCCCCAAAUAAUUAUGAAAAAAUAAAUGUCUUGUUUACAUCAUUA